ACGCAAAGGUUCGUGGCGACGUGGUGGAUAACGAUUAGGUUGUAAAAAAAGUCUGCCACAACAAAUUGCUAAAAUUACUAAAGUUUGUCUGUUAUAGGAAGUCGCAUUUUGACCUGGAGUGAUAAAAUAAGUCGGAACAUCUGAGAGAGAUAACGUGCCAAAAUAAUAGAAGUGAGACAUUUGACAGGAGCCAGAUGAAGCAGUGAGGAACAUCUGAAAGCUGAACUGGGAGAUGGGAGCCAACACUAGCCUAGUCACUGACUUGUCGGAUAACCAGAGCCUCAGAACCCUCAUCGGGACAGAGUCCAUAUCAGAGAACGAUCCGUUCUGGAACCAGCUCAUCUCGUUCACCUUCAUCAGCCCCACCAGCAGUGGGAACUCCAAGCUAUUGGAAGAAGCUGUCCUUCCCCUGGCCAAGAUCCUAAUCGAGAAUAACCCCAGAACCGGAAACUUGGGUGCUCUCAUAAGAAUCUUCCUCGGGAGAACCAAAGAGUUAAAAAUAUCAACAGAAUGCCAAGAUCAGCUGUUUAUCUGGCAAGCCCACAAUGCCUUGUUCAUGAUCCGAUGCCUGCUCAAAGUCUUCAUCCGGGAGAUGUGUGAAGUAGACCUGCACUUUCAGCUGUGCUGCCGGGAGAGGGCACCAGGCACCUGCGAUACAGGAAGUGAGGACCUUCUGGAAGAGCUUAUGUGCAACCUGGUCCACCUGAUCAUGGAAGUGCCUCUGCUUGAUAUCACGUACAGCAUCCUGUUUGAGGCAGUGACCACACUACUGGUGCUGCUGUCCUACCAGCUCUUCCACAAGGACAUCAUCAGAGACAGCCUCAUCUACCAGCACAUCAUGAAGGGCAGAUGUCUGGAACUGACCAGUCGACUAGUCAAGACUCUUCUCUACAACUUUAUCCGACAGGAGAAGUGCCCGCCUCCGGCCACUUACAUCUUUGACAAUCAGUCAGAUGGAGGAGGCCUGCUCUACGGCCUGGCCUCUGGAGUUGCCACUGGCUUGUGGAACGUCUUUACCCUGGGCGGGGCCACCGGUGGCAAAGCCGGCCUAGACCAAGAACAGAACCCCCUGCCCUUGUCCAAUCAAAGCCUGCUGCUGCUCCUGGUGCUAGCCAAUCUGACGGACGGACCGGACUGGCCCAACCCCUACAGACAGGCUGUCACCUGCUUCAGGAACACCCAAGACACAUCAUCCCCGGCCUCGGAGCUACCCCACAGCUUCCAAAUCAACUUCAACAGCCUGUACACAGCCCUGUGUGAGCAGCAGUGCUCCGACCAGGCCACCCUGCUCCUCUACACACUGCUGCACCAGAACACCAACAUGAGGACCUACAUACUCUCCCGCACGGACAUGGAGAACCUGGUGAUGCCCAUCCUAGAGAUCUUGUACCAUGUGGAAGAGAGGAACUCCCACCACGUCUACAUGGCCCUCAUCAUCCUCCUCAUCCUCACUGAGGAUGACACCUUCAACCGCUCCAUUCACGAAGUGGUGCUCAAGAACAUCACAUGGUACACGGAACGCACGCUUACAGAGAUCUCUUUGGGAAGCCUGCUCAUCCUUGUGGUAAUCCGCACCAUCCAGUUCAACAUGACCAGGACCAGGGAUAAAUAUCUGCACACCAACUGUUUGGCGGCGCUCGCCAACAUGUCCGCCCAGUUUCGCUGCCUCCAUCAGUACGCCGCCCAGCGCAUCAUCAGUCUGUUUGCACUGCUGUCCAAAAAGCACAACAAGGUCCUGGAACAGGCCACGCAGUCCCUCAGGGGGCCCAGAGGGAGCGACGACAGCAAUGCACUUCCCGACUAUGCCCAGGAUCUGAAUGUGAUCGAGGAGGUGAUCCGUAUGAUGUUGGAGAUCAUCAACUCUUGCCUGUCCAACUCACUGCACCACAACCCCAACCUGGUGUAUGCCCUCCUCUACAAAAGGGAGCUAUUUGAACAAUUCAGAAUGCACCCUUCUUUCCAGGACAUCAUGCAGAACCUGGACAUGGUGAUUGGCUUUUUCAGUCAGCGUCUGGAGCAGGCAGGGACGGACCUAUCAGUGGAGCGUGUCCAGGAAGUCAUCAUGAAGGGUGCCCAGGCCCUCCCAAAAGAUCGCCUUAAGAAGUUUCCUGACCUGAAGUUCAAGUACGUGGAAGAGGACCAGCCUGAGGACUUCUUCAUCCCCUACGUCUGGUCACUGGUCUUCAACUCCGGAGUGGGUCUCCAUUGGCAGCCACAGGGCAUCGAACUUUUCAGCAUGGACUCUGGUUGAGUGUGUUAGGGUAAAGGGUCUGUCCAUUUAUGUGUGUGCAUGUGUGCUGAUUUGGAAGUGCCUCUACCCUGAAGGAUUCAGGACAACCUUGGUUGUCCUCUUCCUCACCCUCCUCCUCAUGCUUAUAUCUAACAGACCCUGAUGUGAUUCCACACCUCUAUUUACAGCCCAGUUACUCGGCUAAAUAAUAUAGGUGUGCUUGAUUUUGACCACCUUGGUCUCUGUCACAGGAUGGGUACCUUUGGAAGAUGUAAAAAGUUAUAUUAAUCACUUCUCUGAUAUUUGAUGUGAUAGCCCCCCAGUCCCACCUCGUGCAAGUGCACUGAAUUUGGGGGACGACAAUCUUCAAAGACUGAAAUGUCAGGAGUGUCUUUCCAAAAUUAUUGGGAGUUUUUACCUCACAAAAAAAAGUAUUCUCAGAUAACGGUUUUGUUUCUAAUCCAGCAAUGUUUGAUAAAAGCGCGCUUCCUAGCAACACAGUUAAGGUUAAAAAGGCUAUUUAUACAUUUAGGAGAGAUGGUUCCAAAAACAGUGUAUGAUCAUAUGUUUGUGGCUAUUGGGUUUUAGAACUCCUCUCAGUUCUCACGUGUUAACCACACAGUCAGAUAUUAUGAGUGGUUUAAAGGUGUGGCCCCUUGUUCCCCCUCAGUUUGAUUUAUUUGUGUUGUUGCGUCUCCGUUAGCCUAUUGAAGCAUUGUUUGGCUGCAAGUGACCAACUCUGCUGUUGAUGGAAGACUUGUGUUCUUCUGUCUACAGUUGUCUGCCAAUUUAAUUUGUUUACUAAGCAUGUUUUAUUUAGUAAUUUUUUAUUUACAUAUUUAUUUCCAUGUAAUUGUUUGGAUAUUUGCCCACCAAAACAUACAUGACAACAUGUGACUGAUUAUAUUUUUUACACAGACUUUUUUUUAGGUUUUGAGGUUUUAAUUUACUUAAAGAACAGCACAUGACUUUCCUUUUCCUUUUUUUCUUUCUUACUGUCACCUGUAUCCAUGUACAGAUAAUUAUAAGAUGUUGGUCAGGUCAGGGAAUGCAUGCAUAUUAUUUUCCAGACUAAUACAAAUUGCAUGUUUGUUGCCUGUGCCCAAGUAUUCUACUGUGUGGCAGAAAUUUAUCUUUUUUCAGGCACAUAUUAGAGUUAAAAUUAUUCUGUUACACAACAGACGCGUUUGACUCGUCAUUCUUGUAUCUUGUAACAGUUCGUUCUUACUGGACAGUGACUGAAGGUUUUUUGGAGCGCCUUUAAGAACUAGUUGUAUUUAUUUGGUUUCAAGGGUGAAUGUUACUUCACUCAGGUAAUGAAAUGAGUGACGAGGUAUACUGCUAUGGUAUAGAAAUGUAGAUUUGAGAUUACAAAUUGUGUUCCCUGUAUCUGCUUUUAUAUAACUUAUUUUAUCUGAAUGAAAAAGUGAUUAAAAUAGGUGGGAAACUUU